AUGAGUAACUCCAGUGAACAUGUCCAGCGAACUAUCCAGGAGCUGGAGAAAGCCAAACGUUUGGGCACCUUUGUCCAAGCCAAUCACCCCAUUCUCCACGGAUUGCCUCCGCCGUCGGAGUCAACAACCCAGCGUGAUGGUAUGCUUAUCCAUACCGACGUGAUUAUACCAACACGAGAUGGCACGAAAUUGCGUGGUAAUAUCUUCCGUCCGGCCACCCAGUCUUCUGAAAAGCUGCCAGUGAUUUUGAAUUACAGCGUUUAUGGCAAGGAUGGGGCCUUGGAGCCUUGUAUCUUCCCCAAGGGUAGCCGCUUGGACAAUGGUCGCUAUACUUCGUACUAUAUCUUUGAAGCGUGUGAUGCACCCUGGUGGACCGAGCGGGGAUAUAUUGUUGCCUAUGUGGACGCGCGUGGCUCAUUCCAGUCCGAGGGAGAUAAGAGCUAUUACUCGCGAGAUGUUGGGUUAGAUGGAGGCUUUCCCCCUCACUAUUUAGGAUACGAUAUUGUUGAGUGGCUUGCUGCUCAGGAAUGGGCAAAUGGAAAAGUUGGAAUGUAUGGUGCUAGUGCCUUUGCUAUGAUUCAAUGGCUAGUCGCGGCAGAGCGGCCACCCUCACUUGCGGCAAUUCUACUCUUCGAUGAUAUGACGGAUUUAUACCGGGAGAUGGGUCGCAAGGGUGGAAUCCCCGAGACCCAGUUCAUGUCUCAAUACCCGUACCAAUUUAAUUGGGGAAGAAGCCUUGUUGAAGACGCUUCCAAGGCACAUUAUGAACACCCUUAUUUUGACGAAUAUUGGGAAAGCAAAAUCCCGCGGGUCGAAGAGAUCCAAUGCCCUGCUUAUAUCGUUUGUGGCUGGGGAGACCACGCCAUCCACACUCGUGGCACAUUGAAUGGAUGGAGGAGAAUCGGUUCUGCUAACAAAUAUCUAGAGAUCCAUUGUUACCAAAAAUGGGAGUACACCCUCACCGAGGAAUCUCUGAUGAGACAGAAGGCCUUCUUCGACACAUACUUACUAGAAAAGGAAACCGAAGUCAAGUUUUGGCCUCCAGUUCGAUGGACAAUGCGAGAGAGCUUCUAUAACGCCGAGUGGCGCUAUGCUCCCACUUUCCCAUUCCCUGGAACGGCGUAUGAAAAGCUCUAUCCCACCCCAUCUGGUGGUCUAUCCCACAUUCCUCAAUUGACCGAGAGUCGGGUCUCAUACGACGCCCAAGCUGGGGAAGUCACCUUUGAGAUCCCUUUCUCGGAGUCCUACGAAUUCGCCGGCCACGCGAAACUGCGGCUAUGGGUGGAGGCAGAAGGCGCGGACAAUAUGGAUAUCUUUAUCGUUUUGAAGAAACUGGAUGAGAACGGGAACGAGGUGCACUUCCCAUGGCUCACCAUCAUUGAGGAUGGACCCGUCGCGUUCGGGUACCUCCGUGCCUCACGUCGAGAAGUCGACGAGAUCAAAUCAACCGAUUUCCAGCCCUACCACAGCCAUCAAAGGGAUCUGUUGCUGGAGCCAAAGCAGAUUGUUCCAGUCGACAUCGAGAUCUUGCCCACGGCCUGCCGGUUCCGGCCUGGUGAGACUUUGCAGGUUCACAUCUCCGGCCAUGAUUAUGGGAAUUACCCGACCGCCGUCACCAUCGCUCGACACAGCGACACUGCAAAUAAGGGCACUCAUAUUAUCCACUUUGGUGGCAAGUAUGAUAGUUUCUUGCAGUUGCCUCGCAUACCACCACUCCCUGGCGCCGCGAUGAGUCGUAGCAGACCAGUUAAAAUGACACUAAUCUCGAAUCGCAUUACCGGGUGGUCAAACGAGAAAUUCCUGGAGGAGUUUACUCAGGUUCAUGGCGGCAUGACCGAGAAACUCUCCCAUGUCGUCCCAUUCCUGCGUUCUUAUACGCAAGUUGUUGGUGUUCCUCGAUUGCCUCUCACAACAUUCUCCACCAACCACGCGGCUUUCGAGGUUGCCGCCGUGCUUGCCUGGUCUAGUCUAGCCAAGCUGGCGGGCUCCUUCAAGCAUCCGGCCUACAAAGCGAGUGCCGGAAGUCACAUCUUCACCGACCCCGUCUUUAUGGGGUCGCUCAGCCAAGAGGUGCAGGAGAUCAUUUAUGAUCCAGUUACCUACAAACGUCGCCAAGAUGCGAUUGAGGUGGUCGUAUUCCUCGCAAGAAACUCCGGUGUCGAAGCCGUCUCUGAUGCUGAUUUGGAGGCUCGAAGUAACACCGUGAGAAAUGUCGGCCAAGGGACUGGACUGCUUCGUUACGUUCUGAAUCGGGACGUCACCCCUCAAGAUUACAACCUGCUCUUCAAGGAUACCCCGUUCAUUAUUGGCAGCUGGGGUAGUAUUGGAGCCAUGGAACAGUAUUGGUUCACGGACAAGAAAGCCGCAGUGGAAUUCUUUGCUGAUUCUGCCCGGAACAAAGUCUUACAGCAGCUCCCUAGCUCCUUCGACCCAAAAAACACUUGGAGUGUUGCCGGUAAAGAGAAUCGCGUCUUCUCAAAGGACUUGCACUUUUGA